UUGUGGAGGAGGCGUACUAACUUCAACUCCCAUAAUGCAAAGCGCCGCAUGAUCCUUUUAUCCCGCGACUCUACAUACGUGGCUUACUUGGAUCUAGAGAGCCCCAAGCAAGUGCGCAAUGGAGUUGGAGGCUAUGACCCGCUACACGAGUCCAGUGAAUCCGGCCGUGUUUCCACACCUCACUGUGGUCCUGCUGGCCAUUGGGAUGUUCUUCACAGCCUGGUUCUUUGUUUAUGAGGUGACCUCUACAAAGUACACGCGUGACGUAUACAAGGAGCUGCUCAUCUCUCUGGUGGCGUCACUCUUCAUGGGAUUUGGUGUGCUUUUCCUGCUUCUCUGGGUUGGCAUCUACGUCUGAGGGUGACAGGCAAAGCUGGAGAUGAACAUUCCAGUGGCUCAGGACUCUCAUGCCAUAAGCUGUCAUCAUGGAAGUCACGAUUCUAUUUUGCAGUGAUGUAGGUGGGGAUGGCAGGGGUUUGAGGGGUUUCCAUUCAAUAAAAAAAGGUUUGAUAGGAAA